AACAAUGGCGACUCUCGCUCAAGGAAAAAUGCGCUCAUAAAUACAUACUUAUCAAUAUUUUAUACAGUAGGCACGGUUUGAAACGUUUAUUAUAGUACUUAUAUAUUACUAUCUAGACUAAUAAUAUUAUGUAAAUGAUGGUAAAGGAGACAAAAGAAUGGCUUGUAAAAACGCCGUGGGGCAACAUUGCAUGUCUAUCAUGGGGCGAUCCACAAAAACCGCCAAUGCUAAUGGUGCAUGGUUACAUGGACAGUGCUGCUACUUUUAUACCCAUUGUCAAUCUUUUACCUGAUGACUACUUCUAUCUUGCAUUUGAUUUACCCGGGCACGGUAAGUCGGAUCCAUUUCCUGGCGGUAUUUUAGUAUCACAAACUCACCAAGUGGAAGCAGUAAGACGUGUUGUGGAAUAUUUUGCGUGGGACACAUUUCUUUAUAUGACACAUUCUGUUGGAUUUAUUAUAGGGGUUAUUUACAAUUGCGUUUGGCCUUUUAAGAUAUCUAAAAUGAUAAAUAUAGAUCCUGGGCCACCUCUAUCGACAUAUUGCUUCCAUGAGAACAACCCUAUGUUGUGGUACCAAUACCAAUAUGAGCAUUUUUAUGAAACUACUUAUUCAAGAUUGGAAAUUUAUCGAAACAAAACAUAUACAUAUGACCAAGCAAUCGAACUGUUGGUAAAAAGUAGGAAGUUGACUAAAGAACAGUCUGCAGUGGUACUCUCUAGAACACUCAUACCACAAGGAGAUGGUAUGUACAGAUUGUCAUGGGAACCGACUAUGAAAAAACUCCCCAGUGUUUAUGUAACUGAAGAUAUGCUAAUCAGUAUUGUCACCACAAAUGCGCCACCUAUGUUAAAUAUCGUGGCUUCGAUAGACGAUACAAUAAAACCUUUUAAGAAAAUUGGCGCUCGGCUUAUUGAAAGAUUCAAGAAAUCAAUACCAAACUUUUUCUUAUAUAACGUUAUCGGUCACCAUGAUAUCCAUAUCACUAACCCGGAUACUUUUGUCGAUAAAAUAAUUGAUUUCUUGAACACUGAUUUUAAAAACAAUAAAGCAAAAUUAUAAUAAUUGUAUGAUAUUGAC